GCCGCCACCGCGGCGGUCGUCGUCAUCCCCGGUGGCGCCGAGCCGAAGCCGUACACGGGCCCGGCCGCGGUCGCCUCCGAGGACGACUACUUCCGCGGGUCGGCGCCGUACGAGUUCUUCAACAACAGCGCCGAGCUGCUCCUAAUGUCGCUCUCGCCGACCGCCGCCAACCUGUCGGCCGCCACGGGGCUCCAGCCCUCGGCCGACUCGUUCGUCCGCGGCGCCAUCGAGGCCUGGGGCGAGCACCUGCACCUCGUGGUGCGCCCGGACGAGGUGUGGCUGACCAUCCUGGUCCAGGUGAACUUCUGCAUGAUCUCGCACGCCGAGGAGGUCUGCUCGCUCUUUGUGGACCGCGAGGGCCGGGAGGAGAUCUACAUCAAGGACCUGACCUGGUACGACGUGCUCCUCCGGUUCAAGGACGAGAUCCAGAAGCGCGUCAAGAAGGACUGGCUCCUGGACUGGAUCGUUCCCGACUACUCCACCGCGACCGAGAGCGACGUCAUGACGGCCAACGUGCUCAUGAUGGGGCUGACCCAGGCCUACUUCAAGUACGUCGGCAAGCAGGUCUGCGGCAUCCCCUCCGUCACCCUGCUGGGCGAGCGGGCCGACUGGGAUAAGCUGCUGGCCCAGCUGGACCGCCGGCCGCCCCUUCGCCCCUCCAAUGCCCGCGACCUCCCCAGCGUCCUCCGCCUCGACUACGUCGACUACCCCGUCCUGGAUCUUUCCUUCGCCCCCGUCGGCUACGCCCGCGUGCCCUUCAUCGUGAAGGACUUUGGCGGCCGCGACAAGUUCCCCGCCUACGUCGCCGCAGGCGCCCUGGGCAAGCAGAUCACCCAGGGAGCCCCGCCCGGGUACGAGGAGGCGCUGACGCGGCUAGGGGACCCCGCGGAGGCGGCGGCGGAGCAUGCCACGCUGCGGCCCCUGAGCGGGUGGAUGCUGUAUGGCGCUGUCGAGCACAAUGUCACGCAGCCGGCCCUGGUGCUCGAGGAUGGAGAGAUGACGGACAUCUUGUUCAACGCGAAGAGGUACAAGACGGAGGAAACAUGCGGCGUCUUGGGGGAGCCGUAG